UACGUGUUGCUCUGCAACGUGUAUAGGCCACUACAACCUGUUAGCCUACGGCCAGUGCGUGUGUAAUGAUAAUUGUGUUGACGCUGGCAAUAAUGUUCAAGUGAGCAAAUAUACAGCUUUAGAGUUAACUUUGUAACAGGAACUGGAAUGAAACAGAAGGGCGUGGCUCACCGUCUACAAUAAAGGACGUCGCAGUAUGUGGAUACCCGCUCAGCAUAUUCUUCAUAGUGGUGAAUGAGUUCUGUGAGAGGUUCUCCUACUAUGGCAUGCGUGCGGUCUUGGUGCUGUACUUCAAGUACUUCCUCCUCUGGGAUGAUGACCUUGCCACCUCCAUCUACCACAUCUUCGUGGCUCUGUGCUACCUCACCCCCAUCCUGGGGGCCAUUGUGGCCGACUCCUGGCUGGGCAAGUUUAAGACCAUCAUCUACUUGUCUAUCGUCUAUGCGCUGGGCCAGGUUGCCAUGGCUGUCAGCGCCAUCCAUGACAUCACCGACUCCGACAAGGACGGCUCGCCUGACGACAUGACCUUUCACGUUGUGCUGUCAAUGGUGGGCCUCUUCCUCAUUGCUCUGGGCACGGGGGGCAUCAAACCUUGUGUGGCCGCCUUUGGUGGAGACCAGUUUAGUGAUCACCAGGAAAAGCAGAGAAGAACCUUUUUCUCUGUGUUCUACCUGUGCAUCAAUGGAGGGAGCCUCCUGUCAACUAUCAUCACUCCCAUCCUCAGAGCUCAAGAGUGUGGCAUCCAUACCAAGCAGAGCUGCUACCCUCUGGCCUUUGGUGUCCCUGCUGCACUCAUGGUGGUAGCGCUCGUGGUGUUUAUCGUCGGGAGUGGCAUGUACUACAAAGCAGAGCCUCAAGGAAACAUCAUGAUGGACGUGUGUCGAUGCAUCAGUUUUGCCAUCGCAAACCGCUACAGGCACAGAAGCAACAGGUUCCCCAAAAGGCAGCACUGGAUGGACUGGGCAGAGGAGAAGUAUGACAAACUCCUAAUUGCGCAAAUAAAAAUGGUGCUGAAGGUUCUCUUCCUGUACAUUCCACUUCCAAUGUUCUGGACUCUAUUUGACCAAAAGGGCUCCAGAUGGACUUUGCAGGCCACCACCAUGGAUGGAAACUUUGGGGCGCUCGUCAUACAGCCUGAUCAGAUGCAGACUGUGAACCCCAUCCUGAUCCUGACCCUGGUGCCCAUCAUGGACAGUGUCAUCUACCCUCUCAUCCAAAAAUGUGGCCUGAAUUUUACGCCUCUGAAAAGAAUGACGGUGGGGAUGUUUCUCGCAGCGUUGGCGUUUGUCUGCGCUGCUCUGGUGCAGGUGGAAAUCGACAAAACACUCCCCACAUUCCCAUCAGCGUAUCAGAGCCAACUGAAAGUACUAAACAUGGGCGAGAAUCCAAUCACAGUCAAACUGGCCAACAACAUUCAACUGAGCCUGUCUCCAUCUCAGGCCAGUGAGCAAUUCUUCACAUUCGAAGAGGAAGAAAUUGUGGUUUCUGUCGACAGCCAUGGCGUGACAAGACCAGUCUUCUUAAGCAAGGGAGAGCGACAAACGCUUGGGCUUCCCUCAAACCUCACACACGAGUGGCUGCUGACGGAGGAUUUGAAAGCCAAGCCGCAGCAAGGGAAUAACGCAGUCCGCUUCAUAAACGGAAUGUCCACAGUAGUGAAUGUGUCCGCUGCCGGCGGGGAAGCGAGCUUGCUCGAGCCGCUUUCUUAUUCCAACUAUUCUCAGAUCAAAAACGGAAUAGCCACUUUCACCGUAAGGAUGGCUUCCAAGUCAUGUGACUACAGAAGAGAGUUUGGGUUCGGAAGUUCGUAUACUUUAGUUAUUCCCAGCACGUUCACCUUUGGACCAACUUGUCACGAGUCUAUUCGUGCCAUAGAAGACAUCAAGCCCAACUCUGUCCACAUGGCCUUGCAGAUCCCGCAGUACUUCUUCAUAACCGCCGGCGAAGUCAUGUUUUCUGUCACAGGACUGGAGUUCUCUUACUCACAGCCAUUUCAACUUCUUCGUGUGAAUUUUCUUCUUGCGCCAAGCAACAUGAAGGCAGUGCUGCAAGCAGGCUGGCUGUUUACCGUCGCUGUCGGCAACUUCAUUGUUUUGAUUGUGGCCGAGCUUGCUAAGCUUCCUAAACAGUGGGCCGAGUAUGUGCUUUUCGCCUCCCUCCUGGUCGCCGUGUGUUUCAUCUUCUCCAUCAUGGCCUACUUCUACACCUACAUGGACCCGUCUGGGAUUGAGGCUCAGUUCAAGACGAAGGUGAAUGCCGAUGACAAGGACGACAUAUGGGACAAACACAAGAAGGACAUCAGAAGAGACAGUGUUGAUAGUGAUGAUGAGAAACAAACUAACAUGUGAAAACUGAAACCAGCACUCUUUAACGUAUUUAACGUAUUUCCCAUUUAAAUAUACUGUAUGUUUUAUAGACAGCUGUAAAUGAUGUAAAAAUAAAUAGUUUUGGGAUGAAGCCGAGUGGGUUUGUAAUUAUUGUUUUUGUGUCUUUUAUAUAUACACACACUAACCCAGCGGUGUCUAGACUUUUUCCACCGAGGGCCACAUAGUGAAAAAGGGCCACUUACAUAUUUUGUAAAGCAACACAUGUAGAUAUGCUAAGAAUGUAUGUAUAUUUCAAGAAAAAAACUGCGUCUCAGCUUUGUGAUAUAGGUGAAAAAGCCUAUUAUUAGUAUCACCUUUGCUUUUUGCUUUUUUUGCCAUGCUUUUGCUGUUUUUGUUUUUUUUCCAAAUAUUUGAACUUUCUUCUUAAUCUUCAUAAAUGUUCUUGUCAUAAUAUUAUGACUUUAAUCCCAUAUUUUCACAUCAUUCCCAUAAUAUUGUAAUAUUUCCCCAAUCCACUUUAUUUUGUUGUGUUUAUCUCUGAUAUUAUGACUUAAAAAAUGAUUUUUUUUUUU